UGAUCCAGUUUAUUGUCUAAUGUCUGCUAGACGUUAUUAUUUCGGAGCAGAGAAACGUUACAAUACCUCCGUCGAAGGCGAGAAUGAUGGGCAUUUGUACCCUUGCGACAAUAAAGACAACAACAACAACAACAACACUAACAACAGCAACAAUGACAAUGACGAUACACACAAUGAGCCGGACGCCGACAAGGACGACGACUCUGAAUAUCUUCAAGAUGUGCCAUACUCGUCGAGCAGCAUUGAUCGCAGCUCAAUUGGCUCCAUACCCUGGGCAGAUGAUGCCAUCAAAAAGAACAAACAGGAUUGGGAGCGCGUUGACCGUAUGUUAAGCGGCGAGGAGCCAUUGCCGGAGUUGGAGCCAGAAUUGCGGCAUGAAAUCGCCGAUUGGCAACGUAAAUUUCCCAGCCUGUUAGCCCGCAAAGCGCAGCCUUUAAAACAGCAAAGCUUGGACAGCAGUCGCCGCAACACAUUGCCAGAUGAAUCUGGAGACAUCGACUCUAUAUCCGACCUUAGCCUCAACUCUCUAGAUGAUUAUGACGAAAGAGAUGGGGACGACGACGACGACGAUGGAUUUCUCACGCCAACAGCAGCAAGACUGCGUGAUCGCCAGCAGGCACAGCCCAUGGCAUCAACUCGCAAUUAUCUGCCUCCUGCCCAAAAACUCGUGGCCAUGCUCGAUAGAGACUUACACAUUACAUCAGUGGCGCUCAAAUUGCGUAAGCGUGAGCACUCCCAGCAGCCACCAGCACCAAUUACCCCACAGUCGGCUACUGUGGCACGUUCACGCUUGCGAAUGCCACCCAUUCUCAAUGUGCUGGACUCGAAUCGACGAUUUCGGGGGCUGCUUAAUAACCGCAGUUUUGUGCAGCUGACGCAGGUGCAGCACCAGCAGCAACAUCAGCCCAAGUCAGCAGCAUUGACGUAUGCGAGCAGUGCGGAACGACGUCAACUGGCAGGUGUUAGAUCGGCCUGGAAUAUGCCUAUGGCAGCCAGCCGUUUCCUGAACAACAAGCAUGCAAUUGUGUUGCCUUCUCUGAAUCGUCACAGAGACUUUAGCACGACUGCCACCUCUAGUCAAAGCAUUUCCAGUGGGGGUGCCACACACAAUAGAAACUCAAUGGACAACAGUUCCAAGGGUAGAAACUACAACAUCCAACAUUCGCGUCAGUAUGGGCUGUCACUGGACCAGGUUACAACCAAUUCGAAUACGCCCUCAACUGGUCGUUCGAUCUCAGCAGCAAUUCAUCAUCCACGAUCGGAGUUUAACACUAGUAGUGCCUUCUAUAUACCGUACAGUGCCUCAAAAUUUAAAGCCUUUAAGUAGCCAAAUCCAACAUUGUAUACAAGAACA